UCAUGCGGCACGAUGAUCGGGUCGUGGGUCAAGGUCGCCUCGGUGGCCCCCGACCGGUGGUGGGUGACCUUCCUGGGUCAGUGCAUCACGGCCGUGUCGCAGAUCUUCAUCCUGGGCAUCCCCGCCCGCCUCGCCGCCGUCUGGUUCGGCCCCACGCAGGUGUCCACGGCCUGCGCAUUGGCGUCUUCGGGGAACCAGGUCGGUCGAGGGGGGGAAGUUCGGGGUUCGUUGGGGUUCCUGCUGCCUCCUGCCAUCGUCCCCGACACGACCGACAAGGACGAGGUGGGCACGGGGGGCUCGCCAUCAUGUUCUACUCGUCGCCGGGCCUCACACGGUGCUCUUCAUCACCAUCAUCUUGGGUUGUUUAAGGAAUGUCCACCUACACCUCCCAGUGCAGCUGCACUCACGCAAGAAGACUCAGGCUCGUACUUCCAUGGUGUUGUAAGGUUGAUGAAGAACCCAAACUACGUCUUGCUUCUUUUAUCGUAUGGAAUCAACGUUGGUGCCUUUUAUGCCAUUUCAACUUUGCUCAACCAAGUUGUUCUGAAACAUUUCCCUGGUGAGACUCUGAAUGCUGGACGUAUUGGGCUCCUCAUUGUUCUCGCAGGAAUGUUGGGUUCUGUUGUGUGCGGUUUUAUUCUAGACAGGACAGCAAAGUUCAAGUUGGUGACACUGACUAUUUAUGUCAUGUCAAUGGUGUUCAUGCUGGGGUAUACAUUCAUAUUCCGCCUGGAGACGUUGUGGCUGGUGUUUGUCACUGCAGGGUUACUAGGGUUCUUCAUGACUGGCUAUCUGCCUGUGGGCUUUGAAUUUGCAGCAGAGUUAACGUACCCAGAAGCUGAAGGUACAAGUUCAGGCCUAUUAAAUGCAUCAGCUCAGUUCUUUGGCAUCUUUUGCACCAUGGCUGAUGGUCAGUUAUUAGAUAGCUUUGGUGAUAUGGCUGCCAAUUUGCUCCUAGUCGUGGUGUUGCUGAUAGGCUCCAUCAUGACAGGGUGCAUAAAAGAAGAACUACGAAGACAAGCUGCGCACAAGAAAACAGCCCCAUCAGGCAUUCAGCCCCAAGUGUGAAUUUAGAUUCUGUGAGGUUCUAUUUCUUUAUGGGGCAUAAUAUAUACAAUGACAAAAUCUAUGAGGAGGUAGAUUGUGUGUGUGUGUGUGUGUGUGUGUGUGUGUGUGUGUGUGUGUGUGUGUGUGUGUGU